CAUAUCAGCGAUAAGUCAGGGUUGUUGGUGCAAUCAUAUGAUUGAAAAAUCUCCGUCGGACCGAAAUAAUAAUAAUAAAUAAAUAAAGUUAUUCCUCAGCACGCAAUGAGCAUUCGAAACUGCGAAAAGGAGGCCGCGGGCCAGCUACUGGAUGACUUGUACCUGGACAUGUUCCACCUCGUCGAGGAGCACACCCAGUGUCGGAUAAAUUUGGAGCGAUGCAACGCCAGUGGGGCGAUUCUCCUGGCCCGCACUAGAUUUCAGCAUGGAGGCAGCCAGUCCGUGUCCACGGCCCAGAUUCCCACGGAGAACAGUGCCGAGUUCAACGCCCUCUGCCGGGUCGUGGACUCCACGGAUGGCGUCUGCAUCGAGCGACACGCGGUUGACAAGUCCAAGGGCUUCGUGGAGCCCCUGCACUGGUUCUCGGUACUGCCACCGAUGAGCUUGCGUAAUGCUGUGACCAAGUUCAAGGACUGCAUAGAGCUGGUCGCCGAGAGCACUAAUCUGCAGCGGCAGCUGGGAGAAGCGCUGGAUUGGAUCACAAAGCUGCGAAGGAAUGCCCUGCUUAGCUAGAUACUUAUGGCGUACGCACCAUCCAUACAAUGUUAAGAAUAAAGUAGAUUUGAAAACAUUA